UUGCUUUCCGGCAGCGUGGUCUGACGCUUCGCUCUUAUUGCCAACAGCUGCCCCCAGGUGUGGGUGGGCAUCGACAGGGUUUCGAAGGUUCGAGUCCCACUACGGGAAUGAGCCUUUUUGACCUUUUUCGGGGCUUUUUCGGCUUUUCUGGUCCUCGGAGAAGGCACAACAUUGAGCACUCAUCCCGCGACAGUAACCAAGGCGGUCGUUAAGAGGAGGAGAAACAGCCGCUUAAGCCUUUCUCCAAUCUGGGUGCUGAAAUCUUGGUGGCCAAUCUGCCUCCACCCCCAGCCACAGAGAUCCCUUUUUUGGAGGGAUGACUCGCGAUGAUGAUGAAGAUGAUGAGGAAGAGGAAGAAGAAGGAGCCACGUGGAGCCGUGGGAGCUCGAGGUUUGAGGGUCCCCAGCCUCCCGAGGAAUUUGGCUUCGGCUUCAGCUUCAGCCCAGGAGGAGGGAUGCGUUUCCACGAUAAUUUUGGCUUUGAUGACCUAGUACGGGAUUUCAAUAACAUCUUCAGCGAGAUGGGGGCCUGGACGUUGCCUUCCCGCCCUCCUGAACUUCCAGGUCCUGAGUCAGAGACAUCGGGUGAGAGACAGCAAGGACAGACGCUUCGGGACUCAAUGCUUAAAUAUCCAGAUAGUCACCAGCCCAGGAUCUUUCAUGGGGGCUUGGAGAGUGAUGCAAGAACUGAACCCCCCAAACCAGCACCAGACUGGGGAUCCCAGAGACCUUUUCAUAGGUUUGAUAAUAUGUGGCCUGUGACCCCCGAUUCUCGAGCCAGAGAGGACAAUGAUCUUGAUUCCCAGGUUUCCCAGGAGGGCCUUGGCCCAGUUCUGCAGCCCCAGCCCAAAUCCUAUUUCAAGAGCAUCUCUGUGACAAAGAUCACUAAGCCAGAUGGGACAGUAGAGGAGCGCCGGACUGUGGUGGACAGUGAGGGCCGAAAAGAGACCACAGUAACCCAUCAAGAAGCAGGUGGCAGUCCUAGAGAUGAUCCAGAAUCACCAACACCUCCAUCCCUGGAUGAUGCCUAUUCCAUCCUGGAUUUAUUCCUAGGACGUUGGUUCCGGUCCCGGUAGCCUUCUUAACCCUCAGAGGCCUUUAGGUUCUUUCACCUCCCACCCUUUGCUCACAUCAGUGGGACUUGUAGUUCUCCUCCUGGCACCUCGGGGCCUUGGGUGUGUGGAAUAGUGAAUUGGGGGUAUAUCAGUAUGUCACUCACCCAAACUGAUCAAUAAAACCUUUAUUUAUGCUA